AUGGAAAAAAACAACAAAACAACCUCAAACUUCUCAAUUUGUAGAAAAAUCCGCCAACUACUUGCAACUAAUCUUGCUUUCAAAACCGUUGUUCAAAUGAAACAACAAAAUCAAGAACCUAAGCCACAACAACAAAUGAAGAUAGUUAACAUAGAAGGAGGAAGUGGAGGAGGAACAAUCCCUAUCACAUUUGAUUAUUCCAAGGUAAGUGAACAUACUUCAAAAAUUACUUCACCACAUGUCGGAAUAUCAGAAAGAAAAGGUGAGUCAGUUAUCAUUCAGAAUUUGGCCCGGUCUAAAACAGUUACCACGGACGAUGACCGAAAUAUAAAUACUAAGCAAAAGAUGAUAGGUGAGAAUUAUAAAAGGAAAUCUUUGAAGGUAGGGUUGGUGAACUUGGAGAAACAAGGUGAGAAAUCAUUAAAUAUUAAUGAUGCUUUUAGUGAGUACAUUCAAAGUAUUACUAACGGAAUUGGAGCUGUGUCCAACGUUGGUAAGGGACAUAACAACCAUGUUCAAGAUGAGGCUAAUUCUUUCAAAAAGAUGGAAAAUCUGAAUAAUGAUCAUUUUUCAGAUUUUAUUUUGGAAACUAGGAAGAAAAUUACAACAACAUCAAAUGUUGGAAAGACAAGUUCUUUGAAAAGAGGUUAA